CGCCCGGCAAUGGGCGCCAUUUUGAAACCGCGAACCCUCCCGCGGCUCCGGGCGGCUCUGUCCCGCUCCCGGCCCCGCUCCCGGCUCCGCUCCCGCGGCUCCCCCCGCCAUGGCAGUAGUGGCGAGAGCUGGAGGCGACGGCGGUGGCAGCAACAACGAGGUGCAGUGGUCCUUCUUGCAGGUGAAGGGGGCGAUCGACGAGGACGUGGCGGAAGCUGAUAUAAUUUCAACAGUUGAAUUUAAUUACACUGGUGAUCUUCUUGCAACAGGAGACAAAGGUGGCAGAGUGGUUAUAUUUCAAAGGGAACAAGAGACUAAAAGCCGUCCUCUCUCUCGGGGAGAAUACAAUGUUUACAGUACCUUCCAGAGUCAUGAGCCUGAGUUUGACUACUUGAAAAGUCUAGAAAUUGAGGAAAAAAUUAAUAAAAUUAGGUGGUUACCACAACAGAAUGCUGCUCACUUCCUGCUGUCUACAAAUGAUAAAACUAUUAAACUAUGGAAAAUAAGUGAAAGGGAUAAACGAGCCGAAGGUUAUAAUUUAAAAGAUGAAGAUGGAAGACUUAGGGAGCCUUGCCGAGUCACAGAACUACGGGUGCCAACGCUGAAGCCCAUGGACCUGAUGGUGGAGGCCAGCCCGCGCAGGACCUUCGCCAACGCCCACACCUACCACAUCAACUCCAUCUCUGUCAACAGCGACUACGCCACGUACCUGUCUGCCGACGACCUCCGCAUCAACCUCUGGCACCUGGAGGUCACCAACAGGAGCUUCAACAUCGUGGACAUCAAGCCGGCCAACAUGGAGGAGCUGACGGAGGUGAUCACGGCGGCCGAGUUCCACCCGCACCACUGCAACGUGUUUGUGUACAGCAGCAGCAAGGGCACCAUCCGCCUGUGCGACAUGCGCUCGUCAGCGCUGUGCGACCAGCACUCCAAGUUUUUUGAGGAACCUGAAGAUCCUAGCAGCAGAUCAUUUUUUUCAGAAAUAAUAUCCUCGAUAUCUGAUGUGAAAUUCAGCCACGACGGGCGAUACAUGAUGACAAGAGACUACCUGUCUGUCAAGGUGUGGGACCUCAACAUGGAGAACAGGCCCGUGGAGACCUACCAGGUGCACGAGUACCUGCGCAGCAAGCUGUGCUCCCUCUACGAGAACGACUGCAUCUUCGACAAGUUCGAGUGCUGCUGGAACGGCACCGACAGUACAAUCAUGACUGGAUCUUACAACAACUUCUUCCGGACGUUUGAGCGGAGCACGCAGCGGGACACCACCCUGGAGGCGUCCCGCGAGAGCAGCAAGCCCCGUGCCAUCCUAAAGCCGCGCAAAGUGUGCACCACGGGCAAGAGGAAGAAGGACGAGAUUACCGUCGACAGUCUGGACUUCAACAAGAAGAUUCUGCACACGGCGUGGCACCCCGCGGAGAACAUCAUCGCCGUAGCUGCCACCAAUAACUUGUAUUUAUUCCAGGAAAAGGUUAACUAAGGAUGGCUGCCCGCGGACAGAGUCUCGUCUCGCAUAGUUCAGCUCAGUUGUUUAUCUGUAACAGAAGGCCUUGUUGUCCUAUCAGUGAGGAACAUUGAUGCACUUACUUCCCUUGAGCUAUCGGAGAGCAUCUGGCCUGGCUUUGAGUUCCUGGCGUGGUUCUGCCUUCGGUGGGGUGGGAGCGUCCGCGCGCCUUUCGGGGAGGACCCUCCGAGGCAGAACUGGUGGACGGUGCUCAAUGAGGCCAACACUCAAAACAAUUGUAUUUAUUGAUGUCUGAGCCUUCCUUUCCAGUUUAGAGACCAAAAAAUUUAACACCUGAGAAGAAAAAGUUGUCAUAAAAGUGUAAUUUCUCUCUCUCGCUCUCUGCUGUAACAUUUGGGCCUUUCAGAACAUUUCUCGUGCUUGAUGCCUGUCCAUUCCUCCUCGGGCCCGGCCAGGGCCCGACCUCAGAGCACAGUGGCAGGGCUUGAGCUGGGGUCUAGGCAGGUGUCCAUGGCUAUUUACUCACCAACUGUACCUAUAACCACACCUUCUGGUGGAAACCACUUAAUAAAUAACAGCCUAUCAAACGUGUUCUUAGAGCUGGAGGGAUGUAUUCAGUCUUCUUUUUGUAUUGCAUGUCCUGAGCUGGUGCAGAACAGUUCUGGUGGCGCCUCUGACAGGGUUUGCCCCAAAACACCGAGUUUUUGGCGGACUAAUACAAACUUUUUUGUGUAGUAUUUCAGAUUCUGAAUUUAGAGUUUCCAUGGCAUUGUCAUAGAGUUGGAGUUGCACUGGAUUUGUUGUCAAAGGCUCUGUGUGUGCCAAGUAGGAGAUGGAAAGGGUCCUAGAAACAUCCACAGCCUUAACCAAGUGUCGGCCUUGCACGGAGGGAACCAAAACAUCGACACCUUCUCUGCUCUGAGGAUAAACGUGCAGCUUCCCGGUGCAUCUCACCCUCAGCCAGAGACGGACCUGACGUGCGUUAAUGGUUUUUAACCUUUUUAGUAUUUGUCACAAAGGGAACAGUUUAUUUUAAGUAUUUGGCGUAGAAUCUUGCAUUUCCCACUGCAGUUCCAGAGCCAGGCCGGGCUG